AUGUCGCCUCGGUCUUGCCAGGCAUUGGGGCGCUGGCUGAAGUCCACCAAGAAGGUCGCGCCUGUGGAUGCCACACCCACGGUGACGCCGCCCGAGAAGAAGAUCCCGCCCAAGACGACCCCGCCCAAAUCCGAGGAUAAGUUGUUGCUCAUGGCGAAGACCUACACGGCCGUGCCAACUCGGAAGCAGCAGCUGAAGGCAAUGGCCCCCCUGCUGAUGGCGACGGUCAAGGGCAAUCAAACCAGGGCGAGCAAGAGUGACCUCGCGGAGGCCAAGAAGGUGCUCGAUGGCGCGCGCACGGUGGUGAACCAGCUCAGCGACAUCAUCGCUGACGCCAAGCCGCCCGUGAAGGCGGCCAUCAAAGUGAUGGUGAACGGCCAGGCCGUCAUGAAGCAGGCCAGGUCCAUGAACUUGGCCAUCACGGGUUUGUUCUGGCGUGCCAGCCGCAGCGAUUUCUUUCUGCGCAUGGC